AUACGUAACAGCUCUCUUCUUUUUUUCUUUUUCUUGACAAAAAGACUCCUCUUUUAUAAUAAUCUGAAAGUAUACAUAUAUAUAUAGUCAAUAACAAAGCAUGACAGCAAUAGGUCAUCAUGAUAAAACGAUUAAAGUGAUUGCAAAAGAAGCAAGAACUGGAAAACAAUUCAGACUAGAAUACACAAACAAGAAGAUAACAGGAAACGGUUCUUUUGGAGUUGUUUACCAAACGCGUCUGAUCGAAACAAACGAGGAAGCUGCUAUCAAAAAAGUUCUUCAAGAUAGAAGAUUUAAAAAUCGUGAGUUACAAAUAAUGCGCCUUGUUGAUCAUCCUAAUGUUUGUCAGCUCAAGUCAUACUUUUAUAACCAAGUUGAAAACAAAGAAGAUGAGGUCUAUUUGAACCUUGUUAUGGAGUAUGUGCCUGAUACCUUGUAUAAAGCAACAAGAUACUACGCCAAAGCAAAACAACACAUGCCAAUGAUACUAGUUCAAGUAUACAUGUAUCAAGUGCUCAGAUCAUUAGCAUACAUUCAUUCCCUUGGAAUUUGUCAUCGUGACAUCAAACCACAAAAUAUUCUAUUAAAUCCUGCUACAGGUAUUUGUAAAAUGUGUGAUUUUGGAAGUGCCAAGAUACUUGUUCCCGGUGAACCCAAUGUCUCUUAUAUCUGCUCACGGUAUUAUCGUGCUCCAGAAUUGAUCUUUGGUGCUACAAACUAUACACUUAGUAUCGAUACUUGGUCAACAGGCUGCGUUAUGGCUGAGCUAAUCCUGGGUCAGCCUUUCUUUCCAGGAGAAAGUGGAAUUGAUCAACUUGUAGAAAUCAUAAAGAUUCUGGGAACACCUUCUAAGCAAGAAAUUGCUGCAAUGAAUGCCAGCUAUGUCGAGCAUCGAUUCCCUCAGAUCAAGCGUCAAGCACUGUCAAAGAUCUUUACUACUGCAACAGUUGAAGCAGUUGAUUUAUUAACCCGAAUGCUGCAGUACCAUCCUCAGCAAAGAAUUACUCCGAUCGAAGCAUUAUGUCAUCCCUUCUUUGAUCCAAUUCGUGAUCCAAACACUAGACUUCCUGAUGGAAAGCCCUUGCCACCUGUCUUGAAUUUCACAAGGGAAGAGUUAUCCAUUCGACCUGAUUUAAUCAGACGCUUGGUACCCCCUCAUGCUGAACCAGAACUUUUGUCCAGAGGCAUUGAUAUUCAUAGCUUUGAGCCAAUUCCGCUUGAACAACUGAAGAUAUCACCUUCAGCAAUUUAAUUAGUAUAUACACAUACGUAUGCAUGUAUAUUCUCUAUAAAUAUCUGUCUCUUUCUGUGCGUUAUACAUAUGCA